UGGUGUUUGGCCAGUUUGUAUUUUUCCAGACAUCACUCCACGAUGUUGUUGAGGUGUAUGAUGGGCCAACUCAGCAAUCUUCUCUGUUAUCUUCCCUCUCAGGAUCCCAUUCAGGAGAAUCACUUCCACUGAGUUCAGGUAAUCAGAUCACAAUUCGAUUUACUUCAGUUGGACCAAUAACAGCUAAGGGAUUUCACUUUGUUUAUCAAGCUGUUCCUAGAACAAGUUCCACACAAUGCAGUUCUGUGCCUGAACCAAGGUUUGGAAGAAGAAUUGGCAAUGAGUUUGCAGUUGGUUCAUUGGUUCUUUUUGAAUGUAAUCCAGGCUAUGUUCUCCAUGGAUCCAUGGCAAUUAGGUGUGAUACAGUCCCCAACUCUUUGGCCCAAUGGAAUGAUUCCUUACCUACCUGUAUUGUCCCUUGUGGGGGAAUUUUAACUAAGCGCAAAGGGACUAUAUUGUCUCCUGGAUAUCCUGAACCUUAUGACAACAACCUGAAUUGUGUAUGGAAAAUCACAGUGCCAGAGGGAGCUGGCAUUCAAGUGCAGGUUGUGAGCUUUGCCACAGAACAUAACUGGGAUUCUUUGGACUUCUAUGACGGAGGAGAUAAUAAUGCUCCAAGACUGGGAAGUUAUUCGGGAACAACAAUACCCCAUCUUUUGAAUAGUACAUCUAAUAAUUUAUAUCUAAAUUUUCAAUCAGACAUCAGUGUUUCUGCAGCAGGAUUUCAUCUUGAAUACACAGCAAUUGGUUUGGAUUCUUGUCCUGAGCCACAAACUCCUAGCAGCGGAAUUAAACUUGGAGACAGAUACACAGUUGGUGAUGUGGUGUCCUUCCAGUGUGAUCAGGGUUAUUCUCUCCAGGGUCAUUCUCACAUUACAUGUAUGCCUGGACCUGUACGAAGAUGGAAUUAUCCAAUCCCAAUUUGUUUGGCUCAGUGUGGUGGUGCUAUGUCAGAUUUCAGUGGUGUGAUCCUCAGUCCUGGCUUUCCUGGAAACUACCCCAGCAGUUUAGACUGCACAUGGUCAAUAAAGCUGCCCAUAGGCUUUGGUGUACAUCUCCAGUUUGUAAAUUUUUCUACAGAAACUAUACAUGACUACUUAGAAGUGAGAAGUGGAUCCUCAGAAACUAGUACUGUCAUUGGUCGACUUAGUGGUCCUCAAAUACCAUCUUCUCUGUUCAGCACAACCCAUGAGACCAGCUUGUAUUUUCACAGUGACUAUUCACAAAAUAAACAAGGAUUUCACAUUGUAUAUCAAGCCUAUCAAUUACAAAGCUGUCCUGAUCCACGCCCGUUUAGAAAUGGUUUUGUAAUUGGCAGUGACUUUACUGUGGGUCAGACUAUUUCAUUUGAGUGUUUCCCAGGAUAUACAUUAAUUGGAAACUCAGCUCUCACAUGCCUUCAUGGAGUCAGUCGAAAUUGGAAUCAUCCACUUCCCAGGUGUGAAGCUCUUUGUGGUGGGAAUAUAACAGCAAUGAAUGGCACCAUUUAUUCUCCUGGGUAUCCUGAUGAAUAUCCAAACUUUCAGGAUUGCUUUUGGCUUGUAAGAGUUCCCCCUGGGAAUGGAAUCUACAUCAAUUUUACUGUCCUUCAAACAGAACCAAUCUAUGAUUUCAUUACCGUAUGGGAUGGACCAGAUCAAAACGCACCUCAGAUUGGUCAGUUCAGUGGCAACACCGCUCUGGAAUCAGUAUACAGCACUUCAAAUCAGAUUCUCAUCAAAUUCCACAGUGACUUCACAACAAGUGGAUUUUUUGUACUCAGUUAUCAUGCCUAUCAACUAAGGGUAUGCCAACCUCCACCUCCCGUACCCAAUGCUGAAAUUUUGACAGAAGAUGAUGAAUUUGAAAUAGGUGACAUUAUUAGGUAUCAGUGUCUUCCAGGAUUUACAUUGGUUGGAAAUGCAAUUCUGACCUGCAGAUUAGGGGAGCGACUGCAGAUGGAUGGUGCACCUCCAGUUUGUCAAGUGCUCUGUCCUGCCAAUGAAUUACGGCUAGAUUCUACAGGAGUCAUCUUGAGCCCUGGAUAUCCUGACAGUUAUCCAAAUCUUCAAAUGUGUGCAUGGAGUAUUUCAGUGGAAAAGGGUUAUAAUAUCAGCCUGUUUGUAGAAUUCUUCCAGACAGAAAAGGAAUUUGAUGUUCUUCAGGUGUAUGAUGGACCAAAUAUUCAAAGUCCAGUACUGAUUUCCCUUAGUGGGGAUUAUUCAGCUGCUUUUAAUGUAACCAGCAAUGGUCAUGAAGUAUUUCUUCAAUGGUCAGCAGAUCAUGGCAAUAAUAAAAAAGGCUUCAGGAUACGAUAUAUAGCUUUCUACUGUAGUACACCAGAAUCCCCACCUCAUGGAUAUAUUAUCAGUCAGACAGGUGGACAACUGAACAGUGUAGUCCGUUGGGCCUGUGAUCGAGGAUUCCGCCUAGUGGGGAAGAGCAGUGCUGUGUGCAGAAAGUCUUUCUAUGGGUAUCAUGCAUGGGAUGCACCAGUUCCUGCCUGCCAAGCAAUUUCCUGUGGGAUUCCUAAAGCCCCAACAAAUGGAGGCAUACUUACGACAGACUACUUGGUAGGAACUAGAGUCACCUAUUUUUGCAAUGAUGGAUACAGACUUUCAUCCAAGGAACUCACUACUGCUGUGUGCCAGUCAGAUGGCACGUGGAGCAAUCACAACAAGACCCCUCGCUGUGUUGUUGUUACAUGUCCAAGCAUCAAUUCCUUUACUUUGGAACAUGGAAGAUGGAGAAUUGUUAAUGGAUCCCAUUAUGAAUACAAAACCAAAGUAGUUUUCAGUUGUGACCCUGGUUAUCACGGCCUGGGUCCUGCUUCUAUUGAAUGCCUUCCUAACGGUACCUGGAGUUGGAGAAAUGAAAGACCAUACUGCCAGAUUAUUUCCUGUGGAGAGCUACCUACACCUCCAAAUGGAAAUAAGAUUGGAACUCAGAUUUCAUAUGGCUCCACAGCUAUCUUUACCUGUGAUACGGGAUUCAUGCUUGUUGGCUCUGCUGUACGGGAAUGCCUUUCCUCUGGUCUUUGGAGUGGAUCAGAAACCAGAUGUCUAGCGGGUCACUGUGGAAUUCCAGAACUCAUUGUGAAUGGCCAAGUCAUUGGAGAAAAUUAUGGAUACAGAGACACAGUUGUCUAUCAGUGCAAUCCUGGUUUUCGAUUGAUUGGUUCUUCAGUGAGAAUAUGUCAACAAGAUCACAAUUGGUCUGGCCAGCUCCCAUCUUGUGUGCCUGUAAGCUGCGGUCAUCCUGGUAGUCCAAUUUAUGGAAGAACAAGUGGAAAUGGGUUCAACUUUAAUGAUGUAGUAACAUUCUCUUGCAAUAUUGGGUAUCUUAUGCAAGGGCCGACCAAGGCACAAUGUCAAGCAAACAGACAGUGGAGUCAUCCUCCACCUGUGUGCAGAGUGGUCAACUGCUCUGACCCUGGAAUUCCAGCUAAUUCCAAAAGGGAAAGCAAAAUAGAACAUGGAAAUUUCACCUAUGGCACUGUGGUAUUCUAUGACUGCAAUCCUGGAUAUUUUUUAUUUGGAUCUUCAGUUUUGAUAUGUCAACCAAAUGGACAAUGGGAUAAACCUUUACCAGAAUGUAUCAUGAUUGACUGUGGACACCCUGGCGUUCCUCCUAAUGCAGUACUGUCUGGCGAGAAGUAUACUUUUGGAUCUACUGUUCACUAUUCCUGCACAGGAAAGCGCUCCCUUUUAGGCCAGUCAUCACGGACUUGCCAGUUAAAUGGCCAUUGGAGUGGAUCACAGCCUCAUUGUUCAGGUGAUGCUACCGGUACAUGUGGGGAUCCAGGAACUCCUGGUCAUGGUUCAAGACAGGACAGUGAUUUCAGAACUAAAAGUACUGUGCGCUUUGCUUGUGAUACUGGUUACAUUCUUCAUGGCUCAGAAGAAAGAACAUGCUUAGCCAACGGCAGUUGGACUGGAAGGCAGCCAGAAUGCAAAGCUGUACAGUGUGGUAAUCCAGGAACAACAGCCAAUGGAAAAGUCUUUAGAAUUGAUGGCACAACAUUUUCCAGUUCAGUCAUUUAUUCCUGCAUGGAAGGAUAUAUCCUUUCUGGUCCUUCAGUUAGACAGUGCACCGCCAAUGGAACAUGGUCUGGAAAUUUGCCUAACUGUACAA